ACGCCGCCUUUUCUAUUUUCGUAGUGCGCAUGCGCAUAAUUCCCAACCCGGUUCUGGCCGCGUCUAUUUUGUGUUAACAAGAAUAAUGACGUCAUAGCCGUGGGGCCCGCAAGGUUCCGGAAGCAGAUGAGGGGUGCGUGAGGCCACGGGAAUUGUUUGAGGAUUGUACUACAUAGCAACGUGAGCCAUGGCCAGGCAUCGCAAUGUGCGUGGAUACAACUACGAUGAUGACUUUGAUGACGAUGACCUGUAUGGGCAGUCUGUUGAGGAUGACUAUUGCAUUUCCCCAGCAACAGCUGCUCAGUUUAUAUACAAACGGGACAGGCAAACAAGUUUUACAGAACCAUUAGAAGAAGAGGAGGAUGAAUAUGAAGAACCUGAUAAGUUAAAACCAAAUGACUCCUCUCUAAGUGCUGCUGAUCAAGCCAGACUCUAUUCCUGCCUUGAACAUAUGAGAGAAGUAUUAGGGGAAUCAGUGAUGGAGCAAGUUAUGAUUGAUGCUGUUUUGAAGAGUCAAUUUGAUGUAGCCAAGGCUCUGGACAUAGUAUUCAAACAAGACUGCAACAAAAAUAUUAAACCAGCCAAUCAAGAUAUUAUUACAGAGAGACCAACAAAAGAAGCCAUAUUUUCUUCUAAAAAGAACUUAAAUAAUGACUCUUGUUCUUUUAAAAAGAAGUCUUCAGUUUGUUCUACUGUUAGUAGUAUGUCAAAAAAUGAGAGUUUUGCUUUUGAUAUUACUCCUAACCUUUCUUUGUCAACACUGAUAUCUGCAAGUCCUAAUCAAACUUACAACAUUACAGAGCCAGGUUCAUUAUCUAAUAUCAAUCUUCUUGACCUGAUAACAGACUCUAAGGUAGGUUCUGAUACUGGGAAAGGAUCAGACAUGCUUGAUGCUAAGCUUUCUGAAAUUGCAUCUCUGGAAACCAAGUGUUUACACAAGGCUCCAAAUCUACAGCCUUUGCUGACGGGGAAUAACAGUUCUAUGGAUGUUUUACAGUACAAGCAAGAAAAUAUGGAAAAUUCUGGCUGCAGCUUAAAAGAUAUUCAGGAUGACUGGUUUCCUACAAAAAUGUCACAAGAUGAUAAAGUCUUUCACAAAGAGGGAGAUUUGUUUGGCAGCCUAAGCUCUGUUCUGCAAAAUACAGAAAGCGAUCAGUCAGUGUCAAAAUAUGGCAGUCCGUCCCUUGCCGAUCUGAUUCACGAGCAUUAUGAGAUGAAUCCCUUGCAGGAUAUCUCUUUUAUUAGCCCUCAGCAGAAUCCACACAGUAAGGGAAAACUGGCAACUGAUUCUGUGUUAUCACAAUUGUCAGGUCAAUCAAUUGCAGCUCUUGAUAUGCCUUCACUUUCACUUUCUUUAUCAUCCCUAUCUGUGUCUAACACCUUAAACACUAAAGCUACACCUGUAUCCUUAUCUGAUCUUUUUGCCCAAUCAAACAAGCACGUUAAAAAUAAUCAUCACAACUUAUUAUCCCAUACGGUUCCUUUAACUGAACCAGAUAAGGUAAUUGAUCUCAGUGCCCUUAUUAACAGCCCAGAAAAAAAUGAAAAUGGUCUUGUUCUAAACGAAAAAAGUUUGUCUACAGAGAAGAGUAAGCCUGAAAAUUAUCUCAAGAAAACUUCUAGUUCUAAGCAAAUGCAUGUUUCUAAGGGUUCUAAGAAAUGUACAUACAGGGCAAGGAUUCUUAAAGCCAGGCCAUCUGCAUUUGCUCUAACUUUAUGUUUUACUUACAUUCCUAAAACAUGCAAAAAGAAUAUAUUAAUGAUUCACCAAUAUCCCCAUAAUGAUCUGGUUGAGUUAACCAGGGAAAACCACAAUCCAACACUUGUACCAUUUGAUUUCCAAACACCUUCUCCUGAUGAUAUUGUGAAGGAAAAUCAGAAAAAGGCUUUCGCUAGAUAAAAAACAGAAGUACACUAUUUUUUUAACGUGCUGUCUAGAUAUUUUAGCUGGGAGUCACAAUGAUUUUUCAUUUUAUAUGCUGUUUGGAAACAUUUAUAAUUAGUUGUCUUUUACGUAGCAUUUUAGUUUGCUAAUUAUUCAGCAGGCUUUGACACAUUUUUAACUUUAAUUUUGUCCAAAAUCAUUAUAUAGGGUAAUAUUUUGAUGAAAUAAGUUUCCAUGUUCAUUGUGGUUUUAUGCUAGUGUACUUAAAAUGAUUGAUAUUGCUUGAUCAUAGACUGCUUCUGGAGAACUACUUAUUGAUCCAUCCUGCUGUUCACUGCCAAUUUUGUACCUCAGUAGAAAGCUAACAACCAUGAUCAAAUGUUUUUGUACAUAGACUUCAGCUGUUCACAUCCACUGCAUUAUUUAUUACUUUUAACUUUUUUCUGAGCCGUGAACAAAUUGCACAAAUCUUUUUUUUACUACGACAAAAUACAUCGGUAAAACACAUUUAUUUUUAUUACAGUCAGAUUGUGAGGAUUCUCUUAUUGGAAUCUGAUUUUUAAAAUAUCACUGCAUCUAGCAUGAUGGCACAAUCCUAAUUCUCUGCAGCAUAAAAUAUUGUGUUUUCCAAAGCAAAGUCAAUAUGGGAAAAGGAAUUCUGUCUUGAUGCAUGCACCUUUAAGAUAUGUUACCAACGUCAGCACUGCAUAUUUCCUGUGACGUGUUCAGCCUCCAGAUUUAUUUAAGAGAUGUUGAUGUAGUAGCUGUUAAUUUUUGCAUAUGAGAUUUUGAUCACAUUGGUCUUCUCAGAAUUAAUCUCUAGAAUUAAACUGCUUGAUUGAGAAAACUCUGGUCUAUGGCAGCAUGCAGUUGCUAGGGAACUUUUUCAUAGUCAUUCCUAAGUGUUGUUCCUAAUGUGCACCUACUUUUUUUUCUGAACUGGAAGUGGCUGUUGAAAGGCAAGGCCCGACUGUCUCUGGUUCUUGCUGAAAAGACCAUAGUAUUCAAAAACUCCUGUAUUCUGGGGUCUUUCUUUAGUGAUAAUGCUUCAGUGCCAGGAUAAACAUUUUAUUUAUGCCUAAUGCUAGUGCAUUUGUGGCUUCUUACAUUCCUGGGAUUUUUUGGAGCUGACUUAUAUCUGACUAUUCUUGCUUUGUUAUGUUAGCUGUCAAUCUGAAAUAAAUGAUAGCUCCCAAUUUGAUCAUCACUUUACUAUUGAUUAAGCGUUUAGUUGGCAUUAUUUCCUAUACUUUUUAUGCACUGAUCAACUAAAUAUAACAGAUGCUGCCUGCCUUUUAUACUUGUAAAUAAUGAUAAUCCCAGGAUGUGUACCUCUCUACAAAUGUAAAUGCAUUUUAACUUUUCUUUUGUAUUGUACAAUGAUGCAGAAAAUGCUAGCCUGUUUUUGUACCAUAACAUGUAUUUUUACUUCAACAAUUGUAUUUUUUAAGAGAAGACUAGUCUUGCUGUUUUCUUGUUAUAUGUACAGAAAAUAAAGCUACUGAUAAACCUUUAAA